GAUAUGAGCGACACACACCACAGACUCCUGAUGCAGAUGCAUCCCCCUCCGACACGAACGUCGCCGAUUUCGAAGCGCACGAUUCGCAGAUCCUAUUUAAUAGGACACCGGCACUAUUGAGGCAGAAGUUUCUAUAGGUCUGCUUUCAAGUUCCAAAUCUUCUCUCAAAAUGGCAGAAAAAAAGAUGGUCUUGCACUCAGCUGAGCCUGCACACGAUGGCGUUGAAGUUCCAGCAUCGGCUUCACGAAGAACUCGGGCCAACCGACGCUAUGUCAGCAGACUCGUGCCUGAGAUCCCCAGUACCUCACGGGCCUGCUUUUCCUCGUGGCGACAUUCCAAGCAUUGCUCAAUGGCUAGGAUACUUCCAUGAUGAAUGCGCUGAACAUUCUUCCCUCCUAUACGGAUUAUUUCACGUUGACUACCACCACUCUGUCGCUGAAUACUGCCUCGGUCUGGGUUGGCGGCAUUGUCUCAGGUUUCGUCGCUGGUGCGUUCUGCGACCGGGCCGGCCGCAAGUGGACAAUGUGCUGGUCUUCUGCUCUUUGCAUCAUCGGCGCCAUCAUCCAGACCGCCGCUCAGAACAUUGGUAUGUUCGUUGCAGCACGUGUCAUCAUCGGAUUCGGGGCCGGCGUGGCAGCAGUGGGCGCCGCCUCAUACCUUGCCGAGACGGUUGCUCUCACAUGGCGUCCUUUCGUGUUGGGCUUUUACUGGGAUGCCUGGUUCAUUGGAGCGUCGAUCUCAGCUGGCAUCACCUAUGGCACCAAGGAUAUUUUGAAUACUUGGGCCUGGCGCGCACCUUCGCUGAUCCAGAUUCUACCCGCGAUGCUCUGCAUUGAGAGCCCACGAUGGCUUGCCUAUAAGGAUCGGAAGGACGAUGCCCUCGAGGUUCUUGCUGUCGCCCACGCCUGGGGUGACACGACCGAUCCGAUGGUAGUUGCUGAGUACCGCGAGAUCACGGAGACGCUGGAAUUCGAGAAGAUAGCCGGCUCCGUUUCGGCGCUCGAGACGAUCCGGACACCAGGAAAUCGCAAGCGUGUCAUGAUAUGCAUCAGUGUCGGCAUCUUCUCUAUGACAAUGGGAAAUAACAUUGUCACCUACUAUUUUGGCACUAUGCCCAACCAGGCCGGUGUCACCGACUUUAAUACGCAAUUGAAAGUCAACAUCAUUCUCUCUGCGUGGGCACUUGUUUGUGCUCUUGCUGGUACGAUGUUUGCUGACAAACUGGGCCGACGUAUGCUGUGCCUUGUCUCAACAGCUUCAGCAACCGUUUUCCUGUUCCUCACUGGUGGUUUCUCAAACCUCUACGGUGAUGGUGCAAACGUGUCCGGGUCAUACGCCACCGUCGCCAUGAUGUUUCUCUUCAUGGGCUGCUAUUCGUUUGGCUGGACACCGCUCACCAUGUUAUACCCAGUGGAAGUGCUAAAUUACUCCACUCGUGCAACUGGAAUGGGAAUGUACAUGUUCUGGGCCAAUGGAAUCGGGUUGCUUGUCACAUUUGCCUUCCCGUACUCAUUCGAGGCCAUUGGCUGGAAGACGUACAUGUUCAACGCCACUUUCAAUGCACUGACUAUCUUGUAUAUCUGGUAUUUCUGGGUCGAGACAAGAGGCAAGACUUUAGAAGAGAUUGACGUGUUGAUAGAAGGGGUGAAGCACGCCGAUGUCCCGGACUUGAUGGAUGUCAUUAAGGGCAAAGCAGUUGUUGAUAGUGUGUGA